ACCCCCCAGCCUUCCAUUUCUCUACCAAGCUGGAGUGGAGUGGAGUGCGUUGUGAUUCACAGAGCACCUCACCUCAGUCACCCACCAAACCUAGAGCCAAACUAAACAAACCAAUCCACCUCAUCCACAGCCGACCGCAUUCCUGACCUUUGCAUCCUGUCUCGCACGUCACCCUCUCGACCAUCAAAAAAAUCCUCACCUACAGAUAUCAAAUUCGGUUCCCCUCUUCGAACGAGCUUUUCCUGUGUCGAUCUUGGUUUUUGUUUGUCCAUCAGCUCGCAGUACACGGCGACUUGGCGACGGUUUUCUUUGUUACUAUUAUCACCACAUUUCGCUUCUCCUCCCACAUUUGAAUACUUGAUCAGCGACUCGCACAAAGCGACUACAAACGCAUCUGCAGCAUUCGCGAAACCUUUCCCUACGAUUGUCGAUUUUUUGUCUACUUUUCUUGACGCCACUUUCUCCUCAAACGUCACAUUGUCACGCUUGAAGGAUAUGCUAUUGUAUGCGGGGAACAAUUACCAUUGACAAUAAUGACUACACGCAAUUGACAUCGCGUCCCCAACAGCCAGGCCAACCAACACUAUUUGCCAAACCUUGGCCUCAGCAUAUAGAUUGCGUACUACACACAACAACACAUUCACUACCAUGGAACCCUUGCGACUUAAGCCCAGACAGCCCGUCGAGGCCGACAUAGAGAAUUGGGACGACGAUGACUUCGUGGUAGAAGGCGACGAUUUAUCCUUCCGCAGCCCAUCUACUGCCACAAACAAUCCUUCGCGACCAUCCUCUUCAAGGCGACGCGAUUCUGGGUCAUCCCACUUUUCAUUUAGAUCUGAACUUGAAGGAGAAGAAGAGCAACAUGUCCAUAUCCCGGGAGAUGACGAGAAGUCAACGCUGGAUGCCAUCGCCGCAGCCCAAAGUGCCGGCAUCCCAUUACCAUCAAAUGUUCCAUCUUCUGCUCUCAUGGGAGGUACUAUCAAACGCCUUGGCGGACGAAAAAUUCGCAAGAUCAUCCAAGACGAUUGGGAGAACGACCUAGAGAUCCCCGACUCCUCACAGGGUUUGAAGAUGAAGAAACUCGAGCAACCUAAGUCUCCCGAGACCUCGCGGCAUGUCAGCUUUGGAUCUACACAUACUAGCCCUAUGAGCUGGGGCAACUCACCUCCUACUUCUCCCUUUGACAAAGUCAACCGACGUGAGUCUACUCAAUCAAUUCAGUCUAUACAAAGCAUGCAGUCUAUUCAGUCUGCCACAAGCAGUCUUUCUGCCGCCAUAAAUCUGGAUAGAUUUAAAGACGCUGAUGACGAUGACGACUUUUUUGGAGACGGAGGUGAUACUAUUAGAGCCUCCAAGAACCGUCAACUUCCAAAACCUGUUUCUUUUAUCACACCGCCUACUCCUCAGAGAGAAGCCAAACCCUCCAACCCGGAGGAUGAUUUUGAGAUGGAUCUUGAGCUUCCAUCAGACGGAAAACUUAAACUUUCCACCAGAAAGGAGAUCCCCAAGACACCUUCCAACCAGUCAGAGGAUCUGGACUGGGGAGAAGGAAGCUUAGGCACUCGAUAUGGUGGGACCAGGCGAGACGCGCGUUCUGCCCGAAGCUCAGCGGCUUCUGCGCUUAGCCCAAGUGUGUCGAGUUCUAUCACUGCUGAAAGUGAGGAUGAAACCUUUGAUGGACUUGUCCUCCCUCCGGGGCCUGUCAACUGGACUGAGAGGCUUCAACAGAGGCGGAAGAGUCGAUCGCCCAACCGCAUUUCCGAAGAACCUAUUGUACCCGCAAAGAAGAUCCCGGCAGCUGAAGCCGAUAAGCCUGAUUUUCUUGACGGUCUUGACCUCGGCGAAGGAGAUGUCUUUGAUUCGAGCAAGCUCACUCUGCAUAAGAACGUCAGAGUCAAGGAAACACGACCGGCGAGCCCUGCUCGACCCAAAGCGGCAGUGUCGCUCACAUUUACACACAAACCACUCAAUUCAACUCGGAUACCUCGGUUGAACCACCAUGAGCGAACACACUCAACAUCGUUGGAGCCUGUGUCUGAGAGCGGUGGCCCUAUCCCGCAGCGCACUCGUCGCUCUCAUUCCAGAUUGGGCCACUCAUCCCAAUCCUCCAUCGUCAGCCUGCCAACUCCCACUACAACCUCACCAUCUCAUGGACUGCCGCCCACUCCACGCAGGAGGGAAGUUAAUCUUCGCACCUCUACAAAUUCACUUCGGACUGAGCCGACAACCACUAGUGCCCAACUACUUAAGCAAAAACGCUCCCUACCUGCAAUUCGUGGACUGAAUACACCGGCCAAACAGCCUUCCUACCGUCAUGAGAGACCUCCUUCAAGGUCGGAGAAUAACCGACCAUCGUCUGGUGUGAGGCCAAAGACGCCCACAGAACGUCAGCGACAUGGCGCGACAGAUAGCCCGGCAACUGUCCGCAAGUCUCACCUGCCAUUUCUGCCUGCCGGCGCUUCUCAGUCGCAGUCACAGCACGUUGCUACAAAGCAGACUCGCGGAUUCCGUCGACAUGAUUCAGACAAUUCUAUUAGUUCUAUUGACCUACGCCCUAACUCCCGUACACUUUCCCGAUCGACAAUGCGAUCACCCAGUCCGAACCAUCGUCACCGCGUCACUGCCGAUACUUGGGAGCGUUUGAGCAAGCCAAAGAACAAAAAGAACUUCGGCGAUGGUCACGAACUGGACGGCUUUGAUGAUUUGCCCACAUCCAAAGAAACUGAGACAAAGUAUCUGAAGCAACCGACUAGCUCAGGACCAAAAGUUGCUUUGCGUAACAAGCUGUAUCAAAACGUUCUGCCAGACAGGAACACUACCACGUCUCCAUCAAUCCCUCCUACCCCUCGACCAUCCUUUACUCCUCACUUUGCUCGUGACACUGCUGCAAGUAGAAUUGCCCGGGAGACUGCGCUGGCUCAACGGGUCCCUAGCAGUGGCCCGUUGACGCCCCUGAACUCCCAGCGUGUCGCUCACCUAUCCUCGCGAGGCAAUCUGACUCCUACCAUCCCUCAGUCAAACAUUCGAUCGAGAAAGCACAAGCGACCACAACAGACCAAGCCACACCUGAUCUCAAACUUGAAUAGUGGCAAAGAGUCGAAGAUGGUGAAUGGUAUGUUCUACAAUGCAGACACAUACAGAUGGGAAGGCAAUGAGAACGCCCUCAAUGUUUUUGAACCCCCUGUACAAACACCUACACAAGCAGUUGUGUCAAGCAAUACCCGCGAGAAAGAAACGUCGACACCUCGUCCUGCACUCAUUACCAACAUUAGCGCCACCAAGGGCGUUCAAGUUGUUGGUGGCAUGGUCUUUGAUCCACAGAACAUGUGCUGGCUUAAACUUGAUAAUCCUGCUAAGCCCACCUCUGAGACCAGCGACACUAUGGAUGGUUUUGACGCGCUGGACGACGAAGAUGUUUUCAAGGAUAUUCCUGACUUGGAAGAUAACACUGCUGACGAUGAUGGCGCCCAGGGUCGUGUUAGCGACAUCAAGGAUGAGUGGCUCGUUGGCGAAGAAUUUGAUGUUGGGCCUGAAUUCAUCAGGCGACAACGAGAAGAAGAAGAUCGGUGGAGAAAGAAGUGCGAGAAAUGGAUCGGCCGAGGAUCCAGAGAUCGCGAAGCUUGGCGGUGGACGAUACGCGAGCUUGUCUCACAGUUUGAUGAUUUGGCUAUGUGAGAGAACUCGAGCCUCACGGCUCUUUACCAUUCUUCGGCAUUACUGUUAAGCAACAACUUGUAAUAUGCACACUCACCAUACCGAGCAAUUGUGGAUACGCACAAUAUGGCAGAGUCACCUACACGAUUUAUGGAACAAACAACUGAUUGUCAUGAAGGGAUUACGGCUGGAUACCCCGGGUGGUUUGGGUCGACAUGACUCUGGUUUUUGAUAUUUUUGUUGCUCUAUUUUUUUUUUUUUUUGCCAGCGCCAAGGGAUAUUGAUGACCACCAUGUACCAUAUGGCAAAAAAGGGUUGGGCUGGCUUUGGAUUUUGGGGAAUGAUAGAAAAAAUGGCGGCCAGCGGCAAACCCCCUUACGGCUGGGAAGCUGGGCUAUUUAAUGACGAGAUGAACUUUACGACUUGCUUUAUUAGCCACGACAUUCUUUUAUUCAUUUCUUUUGUGGUCUAGUUAGAUUUUAUAUCAAAUGAGAUGCUUAUAACAAAAUGAGAUGCUCUUGCAGUUGAAACUGUUGUAAUAUGAAUGGACCCCAAACACUUUUGUUUAUUAUCUAGCGUAUAAUAUGAAAAACCCUCUACGUGAACAACACUAAUAGUCGUCAAACCCAUAACCAUUUUUAGAACAAGGAACUCCCGCGAAUGGUUGAGCAGUUGGUAUCUACUUCUGUUUUUUGAUCUCCUUCUCCUUCUUUGCCUUUUUGCUGUUACUUUUAGGAUCCAGACCCCUUCGGCGCAUGGCAUUCCUUCGUCCCUUCUCCAUGUACUCCUUAUCCUCCUCCUCAUCCCAGCCGCCAAAGUCGUCGUCGGGCUUCGCCUUGCCUGUCUCCUCAUCAUCUGUGGCGAUAGGUGUCCUGUCGAUGACCUCGUCCUCAUCAGCGGGGCCAGUAGAACGGUCACGAGCGUUGGAGGCGUUAGCGGGCGUGGGGCCGAUCUUAUGGAACUUGGCAACGAAGAAACCGUCCACGUUGUAAGUAUGAGGGUAGUAUCGGCGGGUGUGGCGCAUAGAAGGGUCGAAUUUCUUGCCCAUGUAGCUGGUGAAGCCCUCCUUUCCAAAUGCGAGACCAGCAUCGACAAGGCGAACAUUGGGACGACGAGAGAGGGCGUAUUGAACGACCUGUUCAUUCUCCUCAACGGUGACGGAACAGGUUGAGUAAACAAUAUAGCCGCCCGUCUUGGAGGCAUGGUUGACUGAGUCAAUGGCGGCGAGAACAAGCUGCUUCUGAAUAUGGGGGAGUUGCAUGAAGUCGCGCUCUGUCUUGUUGGUCUUGACACUAGGAUCCUUUGCAAUAACACCAGUUCCAGAGCAGGGAGCAUCGAGAAGAACACGGUCGAAACCACCCAUAGGCUUGGGGAACUCACGGGCAUCGUAGUUUGAGACAAUGACGUUGCGCGUUCCAAGACGGUGAAUGUUACCGAUAAGACCCUUAGCACGAGCCUUGUUAGGAUCGUUAGCCACGACGAUACCGGUGUUCUUCAUCAUAGCAGCCAUAUAAGUAGUCUUUCCACCGGGGGCAGCGGCCAUAUCGAGCACGCGCUCGUUUUCCUGGGGGUCGAGAGCCAUGCAGGGCAAGAAAGAGGAGGCAGCUUGGAGAAUGUAAUGGCCGGCAAGAUACUCAGGAGUGGCACCGAGGGGUACGCUACUCUCGAAGACCUGGAGACCAACCUUGGACCACUUGCCGACGGGCUCAAGAGUAACACCACGGUUGAUAAGAGCCUGAGCAAGAUCACGACGAUGAGUGCGCAGAGUGUUUGUGCGAAUGACGACGGGACGGGCCGACUCGUUAGCCUCAAAGAAAGCAAAAGCCUCACGGGGGGUGAAGAGGUUGAAGAGCUUCUCAGCGAGAUACUCAGAGUAGCCAUAGUAAGAGCAAAUAUCCUUGAUAAGUUGUGAUGUAUACUCGACUCUUGAACGACCCUCCUCAGACAGGUUGGCGAAGUCGUCCAGGACGCGGAUGUUCUCGGUGAUUCUUGUUCGCAGAAGUUGCAGAUCGGGGGCUAGGAGGGCGUUCGUCUUCUUUGAGAGCUCAUCGUCGCUGUCUUCAUCGGACAGAAUAUGAGGCUUGUCGCCGUGGAUGUUGGUCUGGAGAGCCUCUUGUGCCAUCUCAGCCUCUGCUUCGGCAGCUUCCUCUGCCAUUUGAGCAUCCAAUUUCCUUGAAAGACCCGCAAUGUUGGCGGCUGUGAGCUUCUCCUCAGCGUCGGACUCGUCCUCGUCCUCAGAGAACAUAGCUUUCGUGUUCUUGCCUCCGGCGUCUUCGUCAGAGUCGAAUACAGAGUCAUCAUCGUCUGAACCGAGGAAAUCGUCGCCGAGUCCGGCGCCGCCUCCCAGGUCUGAAUCGUCAUCGAGAUCUUCAAGGUCAAACUCAUCGUCCAUCUCCUCAUCGGACACGUCCUCCAGCGCCGGCACUGGGGCCUUCUUGCUCUUCUUCACCUUGCCAUUGGCCUUUGGCUCCGGAGCAGGCGCCGCAGCCUUCAUAGGCUUGGUAACUUUUGUCUUCUUGACAUCCUUCUUAGUGGCGACGCCAUUUCUCUUGGGUUCGAUGACCGUCCUCUCCUUUGUGCUGGUCUUUCGCUUCUUCUUCUCGGGCGCCUCGACGACGGGAUCGACAGGUAGACCGGCCUUGCGCUUCAGUUUUGCAAAGUGUUCCUCGGAAAGGGGUUGAGGAGGACCCUGCUUCUUCAUGCGACGUCCGACACCCAUUUUAAAGUGAAAAGAACAACAAUUGAAAAGUUGUCAGAAAAUUAGUUCGACCGAGAUGCAAAACAGAUCUGGUCUUGGUUCUUGGGCCUAGGAAAAGUUAC